AAUUUGUGGGGGUAGGAAAAGGAAAUUGGGGUUAAUAGGGGUAAUUAAAGUUGGAAACAUUUUGUACACAACCCUAUGGGAAUAUCCCCCGACUUAUUAUUUUUUAUUAUUAUUGUUAUUAAUAUCAUCAAAGGCGAUACAAUAAACUCCGAUGUAUAAUACACUAAACAAGUCCACAGGGCAAAGUGACAAAGGUUUUCUGUAUAGCGCAAGCGCAUGUAAUUAUUGCAUCAGAACUGGAACGGGCCAAGUUCAACUGUACAGCGCGCUACACGUAUAGUAGAAUCUUCUCGUGCAGUACAGACAUUUCUAGUUGCUCUAUUGCGUGUAAAUAAAAGCUGGCUUGCUGAAACACGGACAGCAGUUUGCAUCAUCCUUUAAAUAGGGGUGAAAUGUAACGGCAAAACUUAGUUGUUGUAUGCUCGUUUUCAGUGCUAGUGUGUGAGCGUACAGGCGUGCAGAACUCACCUUUUUUUCCUGACGGUUUUGACGAGAAAAUUGUUCAAAAAUGUCUGCGUAUUGGCGAGUUUCUAUGAUGGUUCCAGCUUUUCGCAUGGCGCGCCAGCUCUACCGUGACACACACGGCCCCAUGGCGAUGCACCGGUUCUUCCGCGACAACCACAUGGUCAAGAUAUUCCGAGCCUGGCCCUCGGCGGCCAACUCGGAACUCCAGAAGUCAUUCGACGAGGUCUGCAAGAGACACUGGGAGGGAUUCUCCAAGGACAUGAACAACUCAUUUGGCGUGAGGAUCGAGCGGGAUCGGGACAGACGGGAUUCCAUCUGGCCUUCAUGGGAGGCCAACUCGGAACGCCAAAAGUUAUUCAAUGCCAUCUGCAAGAGACACUGGAAAGAUUUUGAGAAAGACAUGGAAGAUACAUUUAGCGUGAGGAUCGCACGUGAUCAGGACCGACAAAAUCGGCGGGACUGCACCGACAAGGUGACCGGUGUAAAGACUGAACCAGUGAAGGCCGACUCACCGGCACCGUCCGAAGCGGGCCAGGGCUUCGAGGUCGCCCUCGAUCUGAGCGGCUUCGCUCCCGAGGAAAUCUCGGUCAGGAUCAUCGGCAAUGACAUCCUACGGGUGGAGGCGAGGCACAAGGCGGAGCAGGCGGACGGCAGCCGGGUCUUGAGGAGCUACACGCGGGAGUUCCUCCUACCGGCCGACGUGGACUUGGACGCGCUGAAAUCCAACCUGGAUGCCCAGGGAAUGUUGAAUCUGAAGGCGCCCGACAGGGACCUGCCCCCGGAGAGGGCCGUGCACAUCGACGUCGCGACGGCCGGAGAAAAGUCAUCCGAGCCGACCGAAGAGGCUUCGGCUGACGAGGACAUGAAAGUAUCACACGCAGAAGAAGCUGAUUCGAGUACAGCUGAAAAGCCGGAAGACAAGAAGUAACUGAAUCACGAAACUGUCCCGUCCGUCUUUCUUAUAUCGGAAAAUUGACUUAAAACUAUACAGGGACGGAAAUUAGUGUGGCUUAUGCUCAAUUCAGUGUAUGGUAUUUGAUUGACAAUUUUGUAAAUACUAAAUAAAAUAAUUAGAACAAGCAUAGCCUUUAAUUCAAUACUCACGUCAAGGUUAUAAUAAACUUUUGUUAAUGAUGACGCAUAACAGUCAGUCUAUCAGUCUUUCACACGACUGAUAAAGAAAGGAGAUUCGAGCGUGAUUUAACUGUUCACCGAGUAUUAAUCCCACUUUACAUAAAAAAAGAGAGAAAAAUAUGAGCAAAAUACUUCUUGCUUUUAAAUCCAACAAAAAUGGCAUCAAUCGUGGGAUACCAUUUUCCAAGUGAUUCCUCCGCACACUGUAUUAGUUUAUGUGGACUUCUCUUAUAAAAUGAAGACUAAGUUGUCGUGAUAUGCUUUACUUAAGUAUACAUUUAUCCAAAAUUAUCUUUUCAAAUAUGGGUUUUUUACUUGAUUUUUACACUGAAAAUUAAUGUAUGUAGCCUACCACUGUUAAUUAAAAAUUAUGCAAAGUUAAGGCCUAUCUGGAGAAAAAUUGAAAAAAGGGUACAAUUUGUUUAAAACUUUUGGAGAAUGUUAAGUGACCAGUUUACUACAUAUACACAGCUAUUUUUUUUUUAUAACAAUACAUGAAUGUGGAGACAUGAAUUUCUAUAUUCUGUUCAAGAUGUUGAGCAUACUUGCUAGAAA